UAGCCUUCAGUUCAGUCCGAGGACCAUGAAAUUCCUGACGGUAUUCGCAUUCGCCUGUGUGGCUACGUUUGUGGUGCUCCACAGCGCCUACGGCUCUCCACUGCCGGAGCCGGUUCCUGAUCCCAGUCCUGAUCCCAGUCCUGCUGCCAAUCCCAGCCCGAAGGCGGAGCCCUCGGCCGAUCCGGAGCCCGUAGCCAGUCCGGCAGCCGACCCAGGUCCGAGUCCCAACCCGGGACCAGCAGCCAAUCCCAAUCCCUUGCCGGCAGCAUCUCCAUUGGGAUCGCAGGGACCUCAGGCUGCCGGAGGUGAUGCCAACUUCGUAGCCCUCUCCGCCAACGCGGAGCCAAUGGUUCCGGCCCCAGGUGCUCCAUCCCUAAAAAUGGACGAUCUGCAGCCCGAAACCCCAGCAGUUUAGGCAAAGGAUGGGGAUGACCCAUAACUAAGGAGGAGCAGCAGCAGCUUAAUCUAACUAGAGCCUGCGCACCCACACACAAGGAAGACACACACACACAUAUAUAUUAAUCUCUGGUAUUUAAUGUAUGUAUGCAUUUAUGUUUUCCAACCUCAAGCAUGGGCAUUAAUAAAAUUGCAAAUUAAAAUUUA